AUGCGGAAUGUAUCUGAAAGAGCUCGUGAAUGGGAGACCUUCAGAUUCCUGUCGACAGUCCGGGAUAGCCGUGCCGUGCCCGACCCGGCCCAUACAUCCCCGAGCAAAAGCCUCCGGGCAUCAUCCGAUACCGUCCUAACGGCACUUGCCCAGCUCGGUGUCCUCCAACUGUCGGCGCAACGAGGGGUCCUAUCUCUCUUUGAUCACGAUCUACAACACAUUGCUGCCGAAGCAACACCAACACUGCCGCUUCGACCCUACGCCCGUGAUGAAGUCACCCCUCUCUUUUUGCGCGGACGCGACAUAUCCAGAAGCGAGAUUAUUUGUGAAAAUGUCAUCCGUGAGCAGAGACGGCAUCCCGAGGACCUCAUCGUCUUCGUGAUACCCGACCUGCUGGCUGACCAGCGGUUCGAUCACAUCCAAUCCCUCAUUGGACAGGAACCCUAUCCUCGGUUCUACGCAGGCGUCCCCAUCUGCUCGCCCUCCGGUAUCGUCAUAGGCUUGUUCUCGGUUUUUGACACAAGUCCGCGGCAAAAGCUCGACGAAGUUGAUAUCGACUUUAUGAAAGAUCUAUCUCGGACAAUCUCGCGCCAGUUGGAGGCCCACAGGAAGCAAGCGGUAUUACUCCAGACCGAGCGUAUCCUGAGGGGAGUGGUGAGCUAUUCGGAGGGAAGGGACGACAUUUCCAGCCUAUCGGAGUAUCAUGCAGAAAGAGACACCGUGGACCCGUGCCGGCGGGAUACAUGGGACACAUAUCCAUUUGAUCGCCAUUGCGCACCUCACUUCCCGCACAGCAACGGCUCAACAGCUCCGCAGACACAUAUCAGAGUAUCUGAAAAUGCCAUGGAUGGAACACUGAGCAGCGGCGAGUAUGAGGCUAACCAUAUCAGAAAGCUCUCCCUUCCAGACCACACAACAUUGGACUCACGGUUGAUGGCGGGUGACACCCACAGCAGUGAUAAACCAAUACCAUCGGAUACGCCAACCCAGGGAACCCUGGGUGCCGACGUCCGGUUGUCUGAGAUCAAGAAGAGUUUCGCAAAGGCAUCAAACAUUAUUCGAGAAUCUAUGGAUGCAGCCGGGGUAAUCUUCCUGGAUGCCAACACGAGCCCUUUCCAUUACUGGCAGGACAGUGAUACAAAAACUACAUCAGAUGUACCAACCAGAGCAGCAAGCACCGACUCCAACAAGGUCAAUGGUGUUGCGAAUACUGGAAUCGACUUGGAAGUUAACCCGCACAAACGGCCCUGUGACAUCCUCGGCUUCUCUGAGACACCAGCAGGGACACCCGACGGGACAACGAUAGAUCCCACAGGUCCCUUACGGCAUCCCGGGCCUCACCGCAGCUGGCGGGUUCUCUCAGAGAGCUUCCUUCGCAAGCUACUGCGGCGUUAUCCACGUGGGACCAUCUGGGAAUUCGACGCUGCAGGCAACUUCAUCAGUGCUCCGGAAACCGUACCAAUGCCGUCUCCGCCCUCAUCAACAAGCCCCUCAUGUCCUUGCUCUGACUCGGAAAUCGACGCCGCCGCCAAAAGACAACGACGUGGCCGGCUACGGAGAAAGAAUGGCACAUCAAUGCGAAAGCCACGGAAGAGUGAGUGUGAUACCAUCCACGCAGCAUUCCCCGAGGCUCGAGCAGUAUCGUUCUUUCCCCUGUGGGGGACCCAGAUGCAGCGCUGGUUCGCCGCCGGGCUGGCAUGGACCAGAGAAUCGUUGCGCAACCUCGCGCCGCAGAAUGAACUCGGCUUGUUCAACGCGUUUGGCAAGAAUGUCAUGGCCGAAGUGGCCCGUAUCGAUGCGACGCUUGCCAACCAGGCCAAGUCAGACAUGCUUGGAUUCAUUUCGCACGAGAUGCUGUCGCCAUUGCACGGUAUCCUUGGUGCUGCUGAGCUGUUGCUUGAUACCGACCUCAGCACUUCCCAGACGGAGCUCAUCCACCUCGUCGAGGCUUGUGUCAGGACACUGCUGGACACUGUCGACCAUCUCCUAGAUCAUUCCAAAAUCAACAGUCUAGUGGAGAACACCAAACUCUCCAAUGGCCGACGAGGUUCCUUCCACUCGGACGACCUAGAACACGAUCAAGACCCUGAUUUCAGCGGUCCACCAGGAACAUCCAGGAUGCGAUCUGGCAGCCUAGCAAGCAAACCCUGGCCAUGGGAGCAACCGACCUUGACCCGCUUCUACGAUGUAGACCUCGACGUCAUGCUGGAAGAAGUCGUCGAGUCCCUCUAUGCGGGCCAUUCCUUCCAGCGAUGGUGCAACCAACGUGGUGCCGAUCCAGGUGAUGACAACGUCGCUAUCCAUCUGGAUAUCGACCCUACCGUCAACUGGUCUUACUACGCCCAACCCGGUGCGUUGCGCCGCAUCAUCAUGAACUUAUUCGGCAACGCCCUGAAGUUCACUCGUAAAGGAUUCAUCAACCUCACCCUAACCGCUCAGCCUAUCCCCUCUGAAUCUCGCCCUUCUUUCGCCUCCACAGACCUCGAAGACGAAGCAGAAGACACAGGCAUCGAAACGGACAGCAAGCACUUGAAUGAAAAGAAACGCUCAAACGUAAUAUUCACCGUCUCGGACACGGGCAAGGGAAUCACUCCACGCUUUCUCCGCGAAAAGGCUUUUUCUCCCUUCCAAAAGGAAGACAGUCUCACCCCUGGCCCCGGCCUCGGCCUCUCUAUCGUGAAACAGAUCGUCGACGCCCUCGGUGGGCGUGUCGUCGUUGACUCCCGACCUGGCGAAGGGACGGCGGUUAGAGUGAUCCUACCGCUUCAGCAUUCGAGUUCGGAACCAAGGAGUGAGGAUAGUGAUAUAGCGGAGCAUAGGGAGGCGCUGAGGGGGUUAAGGGUUUGCUUGCUUGGUUUCGACGGGUUGGGAGACGGGGAACCCGAUGACAAUGGGUGGGGUAGGCCGGUCGAUGCAAAGGGGAGGGAAGUACUGAGGGGGAGGAUCAUGGAGAGGAUGUGUAGGGAUUGGCUUGGAUGUCGGGUGGUGACGAACCCGGCGGAGGCGCAGAUGACAAUCUGUAGCGAUCGGUUUGUGUUGGGUAUGUGCACAGAUGAUGGAGCUGGUGACAAGACUGGUGGGAGGAGGUCCGUGUCGAGAAUGUUGGCCGGCCCGUUGGUGGUGGUGUGCGGGAAUGAAGUUGUUGCGCAGAAUUUGUCACUGGCUAGGGGGGAGGCUGCUGCUGGAGGGAAAGGGGAGGCGAGCGUGAUGGAGUUUAUCGGGCAGCCGGUUGGGCCAAGGAAGCUGGCUAAGACACUGAGGAAGUGCCUUCAGAGCCAUCCCGUCCCGCUGAAGGGAAGAGUUAGUGAGAUGGGAGGACAAGCAGAGAACGAGCUACAGUCACGAACCUCAUCCGAGUCUAGCAUCGAUCUGGAUGUUCUGCAGAGGAAGAUGUCCGACCCAGAGGUUUUCCAGAUCGUCAACAAGAAGUCGAGGUUCCUGCCUUAUCUGGCGGAUGAUUUCCGGGAUAACUUGUUUUCGACGAGCAAGGCGACGGCGGCUGCUGCGACAAGGCCUUUGCUGCGGAGAAUCAACAGGACGGUUGGAACGCCUUUGGUUCAGCAGACGUCCGUGGGGAAGGAUGGGAAGGUGGGAGGGGGGGAGAUGGAGGAAGCGGUUACCCCUGGAACGACGCUGCUGCAGAACACGAACCAAGAGACUUCCGUGUCAUCACAGCAAGAGAACAUCAAGAUGCCAGUCACCAGGCCCCCGCUGCCACCACGGUCCCGUACUGGGAAAGAGAAAGUGAACAACAUGAACCUCGGCUUCACUACCGUCUCCGUCUCCGAGGUCUCGUCGCCGUCGCCGUUCGACUCGAUCAUCUCACCACCGGUCUUAACCGAGGCCUUUGCUUCCCCUGAGGAUGAACAGGUGUCGCCUAUGUCGCAUACCAUCAACUCGAUCCUUCCUUUCAGUACCAGUGAUGCCAACACCAGCACCAUCGGCAAUGCUGGCCCUACAAGUGGGUGCAUCGCUGGGGCUGCUGCUGCCGCCGCCACGAACAACACGAUGACAGGCACCGCGGCCGUCCCGGAUGUGUCACCGGCGCCGAAACCGUCCGACCUGCUCGAACCGUUCGAAGCCCAGCGCCAGCAAUCAAUCCUGGUGACCUCCCCUUUGCUAACUGAGGGGCAACCCGCUGAGCUUCAUCUCGAAACACGUCACCUCUCCAAGGCAUCUACCUUCCCUAUUGUCACAACCUCCUCCCCAUCCCAACCUUCCUCCCCUUCUAACCCUCGCCAACCUUCGCGCCCCUCCCAAUCCCUGCUAAACUCUCCCUCUCAACCCCGCAACUCCUCUGCCGGUUUCUCAACAAACCAGGAAGAAAAGGCCUGCCUCCUCGUAGACGACAACCCCAUCAACCUUCACAUCCUCGCUUCAGCGAUGCGCAAGACACAUCGUCCCUUUGCUACUGCCCGCAACGGGCUGGAGGCCGUGGAGAUCUACAAGGAGAGCCCGGGGAGGUAUAAGUGGGUGUUGAUGGAUAUCAGCAUGCCGGUAAUGGAUGGGUUGGAAGCGACGAGGAGGAUUAGGGAGUUUGAGAGGGAGUACCCUGUGCAAAGGAGUAGGAGUUUGGGAAGAAGUCUGACUAAAAGGGGGAGUGCAGCGAACAAGGCGGAUGAGGCAAGGGCCAGAGCUGGGAGUUUGGGUACAGGUAUGGGUGGUGGUGUUGGAGUGCCGGCGGGUGUCGAAGUCGGUGUCGGAGUUGGAUCCGGAGCUGUAGAUGGGAAGAGAGUCAUACAGAGGAAGGUUGGACGGGCAUCUCUCGAUGGAGCGGGGCUUGAGCCGACACCUGCGCCAGCGCCUGUCGGAGGUGAAGAUCGGAGUGAAGGUGUGAGUGCAGGUACAGAUCAGGAAGCGGCGCAGGCGCGGGAACCGAAGGGGGCGGAAGUCAACGGCGAUGACAUGGAUGACGGUGUGACCGAAACAGAUGAGAACAGCACCGAAGGGGAACCUGUCAAGGGCCUGGAGCCCGCAACAGUCGUAGCGCUCACAGGAGUCACGAGCGGGACGAUACAGAAGGAUGCGCUGGCGAGCGGGGUGGAUUUGUUUUUGACAAAGCCGGUUAGAAUGAAGGAUUUGGGGGCGAUUUUGGGGGAUGGUUGAUCAUUUUUCUGGAUGUGAUAGUUUACAGAUGUACGAGCUAGCUGAGGGCGUGGCAUGCACUGGCGUUGUCGGAGUCUUGUAGUAUUAACAUAGGGAGAAGAAGCCCCGGAGGCUUGAGGAAAGGCGUUCACUGGUAAUGCAAUUUGGUUGCAACGUAUAUCAGCAGGCAAUGAAUGUGUGGUCACAAAGAUGACUGACAUCUAUGGUUUGAGGUACUGUGAAGACAUUA